AUGGCCCCUCCGCCGUUGAAGCGGCAGAAGACGAAUCCGACUGAAGAAUCUCAACCACAGCCCACGCUCCAAGAACAGGCUCAGCAGGCUGCCAACGUUCCUCUGCCUCCAGACACGCCUCGGAUCCCAAGCUCAACUCCAAGGGAAGACAAGCGAUCGUCAUGGCUUGCGCGAACGUGGCCGCGUAAAGCUCCCCCACUGACUCAAACACACCGUGAGAGCGUGUCUUCUGCGUCCAGCAACAGCCCUUUGACAUCGCAACCUGCUGCCCAAGAGGGCCCCGCGCCUACCCGGGAGCGAGCAAAAAUGCAGAGGUCGCCAUCUUUAGCGAUGACACUCGGAAAAUCCACCUCAAACCGGUCUCUCCCUAUUAAUGCCACGACGACGAUUGUCAAUGCCACCUCAGGAGCUACAGCGUCCUCAACAAAGGCGAAUACACAAUCAGGGCUGUCUUUGCAGGCAAAAGAUGAUGCGACAGUGGGCAACCAAGUGGUCAAAGACGACCAGCGGCCGGAGAAGACAGAUGAGACCUCCACGCGAACCCUGCCGGACGGAGCGCCAAUCGCGGAAACUUCACAGCCAGAUUCUACCAACCAAACCCUCCCAGAACCCCAGAGUAUGUGGCUAAGCUGGCUACCUGGCAAGAAGGACGGAGUAACAGCCAAGCCUGCGGAAGCACAGGGAUCUCCACCCCGACCAAAGCUCGCCGAAGCAUCGGAAGUGCCUCCAGGAAACGACGCGGUCCCAGAUCCCGCCAAAACGCAGCCCGAGGUGGCCGAACAGCCUCAACAAUCCUCUGUAAAUGCGACCAACAAGAGGAGUUGGUAUCAAAUGUGGAGCAGCAAUGAUCCACCAGCUGAAGUUCCGAAGCAAGACGAGCCUGCAUCAGAGUCAGGUCAAAGCAGUUCGACAGGACGAAUUGAAGCUACAGAGCCAGCAACAGCACCCACGAAGCAUCUGGACAUACUCCCUCUCAGCACGCCCAAGCCCAAAGAUAGUUCCCAAGCGUCUUCACUGGAGACAUCACCUCCUCCAGCUCUGCACAAUGAUGGUUCCAAGUCAGGGUGGGUGUUCUGGUCUCGAGAAAAGAAGCGCCCGGAGUCAAUCAAGUCCGAAAGUGAGCCUCGCGUGGGCGAGAUAGCCAUUUCGGAUACGCCCUCACAAGCCCGACCGAAACGAGCCUCAAUCAGCCUGCAAGACGAAGCAGCUACGCCAGCACUCAAACCAUCUCCUCAAGAAAUCCAGUCCAAAAAAGCCGUUGCGCAGAGAAAUGCGGAGCCCAAGCAGCAAGUGCCCACCGAACAGUCACUACCGGGGAAAGCCCAGAAGUCAUUAGCCUCUAAGCAAGAUCCCUCGCGAACCACCAAAGCCUCAUCCUCUACGGCUGCAGCCAUUGCGAAAGAACCUCGUCCGGCCUCCCCAGCACCAUCCCUCGACAAAAGGAAAGAAGACACCAAUCUGCUCCUGCCGCUUCUUCACGAUACUCUGACCCACGAAGAACAACCUUCCCUCAUUCAACAGCUCGCACGUCUGCUCUACUACACCCGCGAACCCGACGCGCAUCAACACCUCUCUCUAAUCCGCGAUCCGCCUCGGAUAAAACACGCCCUGGCUAUCGGCGUGCACGGCUACUUCCCCGCCCCCAUGGUUCGAUCCAUCCUCGGCCAACCCACCGGCACGAGCAUCAAAUUCGCGGAAAAGGCCGCACAGAAUAUUCGUCGCUAUACAGCCUCGCAGGGGUACGACUGUGAAGUCAAGACAGCGGCACUAGAGGGAGAAGGUCGCAUUGCCGAACGAGUCGAGCUGCUAUGGAAGCUCCUGCUGAAUUGGAUUGACGAGAUCAGACGCAGCGAUUUUAUCCUCAUCGCCGCUCACUCCCAGGGCGUGCCCGUGGCAAUCAUGCUCAUCGCAAAGCUUAUCCACUUUGGCUGUCUCAGCCCGGCUGCCCGGGUUGGCGUCUGCGCCAUGGCAGGCGUCAACAUAGGUCCCUUCCAGGACUACAAGUCGCCCUGGAUCACAGGCUCGGCGGGCGAAUUGUUCGAGUUCACCAACCCGCACAGCAAAGUCUCGACGGACUACCUUGCCGCCAUCUCCGACUGUUUGCAACAUGGCGUCAAGGUCACUUUCGUCGGCAGCAUCGACGACCAACUCGUGUCGAUGGAAUCGUCCAUCUUCGCGCCCCUGACGCACCCGCAUAUCUACCGCGCCGUCAGCAUCGACAGUCGCAUCCACGCGCCCAACUUCCUCUCCAACCUCGUGGGCUUCGUGCUCAAGCUCCGCAACGUCGGCGUCCCUGACCACGGCCUCAUCCGCGAACUCUCCGCCCCGCUGGCCGGCUCGCUGUACACGGGCGAAGGCCACUCGCGGCUCUACGAGGACGAUGCCGUCUACGCGCUCGCCAUCGCCUUCACCCUCGAGACCACAUCUCUGCCACACACGCCUAUAACCUCAUCGAAGCGCGCCGCGAUCUCCGUGCCCAGUGAUGGGAAAGCCAUCUCCUCGAGCGGCUCUCAGACCAGCAACAGCAACCCGUAUAUCCUGCCGUUCGCCAUGCGCGGGAUCCUGGAAGAGGAUAUCGUCAAGAAGGAUCUGAGGGAGGAGGCCAAGAGGCUGCUCGAGCAGUUUGACGAGUGGGAGCCCAAGACCAAGGUCCUCAAGGAUGUCAAGUUCCGACUCGAGGGCGUGAGGAGUCAGUUGCUGUAG